AUGGCCCGCCCAGCCCAGCACAAAUUUGGAGUUGCUCCUCACCUUGCCGCCCAGGAAGUGAAGGGCGAAAAGGAGCUCAGCAGCAGCGGUGGCGGUGCAGAGGCGGCGUGGCCGGCGGGCAUGGGAAGAACGCCGGAGGAGGAGAUCUGCGUGUCGGCGGCGGUGCAGGGCGGCGGCGGCCACGCAAGAAGAACUUGGGGCGGGAGCUACGGCGGCCUUGGAGAGGCGCGCGCCGCCGGUGCGCGCGUGCGUGCGGGGCGAGGGCGAAGCGAGGAGGGCACGGCGAGGCGGCGCGAGGUGGCGGCGCGAGGUGGCGGCGCGUCGGCAGGGGGCGCGAUGGGCACGGCGAGGUGGCGGCGCGUCGGGAGGGCCGGGGCGCGAUGUACUGGUGCAUCAAGCACCGCCUCGAUACAACAACCUCCAGCAGCUACUGGUCUCUCAGAUGAUCCUGCUUGGAAGUAUAGUACUAUUCCAGAUAAGAAUAAGAAGAAUGCCCUCAAGUGUAAUUUCUGUGACAAGAUAUGCACUAAUGGUGUUACAAGGAUCAAGUACCACCUUGCUGGCAUUAAAGGAUUCAGUGUUACACCUUGCCCAAAGGUUCCUACUGACGUCAAGGCAGAGAUGUUGGCUUUACUGCUAAGCAAUAAUGUUGCAAGGGAUAAGAAAGUUGAGGCAUUGGAAACAGCCAGAGGUAAAGUUUGCUUGGAUCACUCGGAGGGAGAAGAAGGUGAUGAAGAUUGUGGCAAUGCGGUUGUGAUGAAGUCAAAACCCCAAAGAAGUAGCUUCAAAGGUGCAGGAUCUAUGGAGAAGUUCUAUAGUUCAAGUACAAUAAAAGAAUCUGUCAAGAAAUAUAACCUUGGCACAAAGACUCAAUCAGUGUUGUCAACUCAAGAAAGAGUGAAGAGGAGGAAUAGAGCUUGUGAGUACAUAUGCCAAUUCUUCUAUGAAGCUAGCAUCCCACACAACACUGUGACACUUACUAGCUUUGCUUGUAUGCUUGAGGCCAUUGGACGUUUUGGUAAAGAUUUGGAGGGACCUAGUGCAUAUGAGAUGAGUGGACCAUUUUUGCAGAAAAGGAAGAAAAAAGUGAUGGAUACAUUCAAGCACCAUAGGGAAACAUGGGAGCUCACUGGCUGUACUGUCAUGACUGAUGCAUGGACAGAUAGGAAGUGUAGGGGAGUAAUGAACCUAGUUGUUCAUAGCGCUCAUGGUGGCUUAUUCGUGAAUUCAGUUGAUUGCUCGGAUGUAAAAAAAGAUGGCAGAUAUAUCUUUGAGCUUGUCGAUCAGUGCAUUGAAGAUAUAGGGGCAGACAAGGUGGUACAAGUGGUGACUGACAAUGCUAGUGUCAACAUGGCAGCAGCAAUUCUAUUAAAAGCAAAGAGACCUUCCAUUUUUUGGAAUGGAUGUGCAGCCCACACAAUUGAUCUCGUGUUGGAGGACAUAGGGAAGCUUGGACCGGUUGACAAAACAAUUGUCGAAGCAAGGCUAGUUACUGUGUUCUUGUAUGCUUAUACAAGGGUGUUGGCUUUGAUGAGGAGUGUUCUUAAGAAAGAUCUUGUGCGCUCAGGUGUUACCAGAUUUGCCACAGCUUAUCUCAAUCUAAAAAGCUUGCAAGAUAACAAGUAUGGGCUGCAGAAACUAUUCAGAUCAGAUGAGCUACAUGAAAUGGGAUACUUGAAGAAGGACAAAGGGGACAAAGCUCAGAAAGUGGUGAAGUCUGAAGCCUUCUGGAAGCGUGUUGAUCUUGCUGUGAAUUUCUUUGAGCCAAUGGCCAAUGUGUUGAGAAGAGUGGAUAGCGAUGUGCCAGCAAUGGGAUUCUUCUAUGGUUGCAUGCUAGAUGCAAAAAAGGAGUGUUUGUUGAGGUUCGACAAUGAUGAGAGUCGUUGCAAAUCAGUUUUGGAUAUCAUUGACAAGCGCUGGGACAACAAGCUCAAGAAGCCCCUACAUUUGGCUGGUUACUUUCUGAACCCCUACUACUACUAUCCAAACAAGGUUCAAAUUGAGAAAGAUGGAAAAUUUAGAGCAGCUGUGAUCACUUGCAUAACAACAAUGAUUGAGAAUUUUGAAGAACAAGAUAAGAUGAUUGAAGAACUCGAGGAAUAUCGAGGUGGGAAGGAGUCUUUUGGAACAGACAUUGCCACAAGACAGAGAAGAAACAAAAACUACGAUCCAGCAACAUGGUGGUUGAAUCAUGGUGCAAGCUCACCAAACCUGAAGAAUUUAGCAGUAAAGAUUCUUAGUUUGCCAUGCAGCUCCUCGGCUUGUGAGAGAAAUCUUUCAGCAUUUGAACAAGUCCAUGUGAAGAAGCGCAAUAGGCUACUUCGUGAUAGGCUUAGGGACCUUGUCUUUGUCAAGGUUAACUCACGGAUGAUGGAUCAGAAACAAAACAAGAAAAGGGACCCCAUAGAGAAGAUAAUAGGUGAUGUUCUUGAAGAUGAUGAGAAUGAGUUCAUUACUGGGAUUGUUCCUGAAGACAAUUGGCAAGUUCAACAAGAACAACCUGAUAAUGUGACUGAAGAACCAGAAGCAUCAACAUCGCAAGCACAAGGAAAGAGAAAUGCACACGUUAGGAAGAAGCGGAAGAAGAAUAUGCAUUAUUUGCUUAAUUGUGUCCAAGAAGAUGCCAUCCUAUCUGAUUCUUCCAGUUCUUCAGCUUCAGAAAUAGAAGGUAAUCAUUAAGAUGAUGACAUUUUCUCCGAUGCUUCAGCCGACUCAGAUUGAUUGCAUGCAUGUCUUGCUGGUUAUCUGAACUUGUUGUUGCUUGAUGUUGCUUGCUGUGAACUUGUUGUAUCUGUGAAGAACUUGCUGUUGGUAUGUAAUUUACGGACAGAACUAUGUCCUGAACUGCUUAAUGAUGUUGCAAUAUUUGGACAAAACUAUGUAUUUAAUUAUCUGUGAACUAUGUCCUGAUUAUGUGUAUCUCUUAUGUGAAGAUGUUAUUAUGUUAUGCAUCUGUGAAUUAUUGAUAUAUAUACGAUUAUAUGCUGCCCAAA